AUGCUCGCGUAUCAUUUGAGUCUUCUGCGACUCGGAAAUGAUAAUGAUCAAAAUGAUGAGACAGCAUUAGCACCAAUCUUCAUGGGAUCCCUAUUCCGUCAACUCAAUCUGAUACCAGCACAGUAUGGGCUAUUGGCAGGUGUGAAGCGCAUACAACGCCCGGAAUUCGUAAGCUCUGAAGACGAAGGAAUUAAGAAUGACCCCCGAGUUUUUCUUAAUAUUACUUCGCCAUUGAGCACUUUCAUUUGUGGGUCCCAGGGAUCCGGUAAAAGCCAUACGCUGUCUUGUGUCCUCGAAAGCUGCUUGCUGAGUUCUAACGCGGGUCGACUUUCAAACCCUCUAACGGCUGUUGUCUUCCAUUAUGAUACCUUCAUAUGUGAUAACGGGGGCUCUCCGUGUGAGGCGGCUUUCCUCGCGUCACACCCUGGCAUCACGGUCAGAGUCCUCUGUGCACCGACGAACCUUCGAACAAUCCGGAUGACGUACUCUAGAUUCAAUAUUCACGUGGAACCCUUACAAAUUGAUCAAUCCAGCCUGAAUACGAAGCGUAUGCUUGAUCUUAUGGCAGUGGGGCAAGAGAAGGGACCUAUCCCUCUAUACAUGCACACCGUUCAGCGUAUUCUGCGAGAAAUGCGGCUGUUGCAGCAAGAGACAGACUCUGGAUUUGACUACUAUAUGUUCAAGAAGAAACUUCUGGGGGCUGAUUUACUUCCAAGCCAGCUUGAACCUUUGAAACAAAGACUGGAAACACUUGAGAGUUUCAUGCCUCACCAACAAGUUAGACUUGCACAAAAUUCGAAAAAGUCCAAGGGCAAAGCUCAAAUGAAAGGAUCAAGCUGGACUCCAAAGUACUUGAAGGGUUCAAUUGAUUCUCAAAACUUUACCGAUACACUGCUCUCUACAGUUAGGCUGCAACGCCACUUGGGAGCACGUAUUCUGAUUUCUACUCAAGAACCAACGAUUUCAAGCGACCUGCUCAGUCUUUGUUCUAUCACCAUUGUCCACAAAUUUUCAUCACCGGCAUGGUUACGCGUAUUGCAAGGACAUGUGGCAGCUGCAGCCUUAGGAACUCAGCCAGGUGGACAAGUACUAGACAAUACCGAUGAGGGGUCACCGAAGCACCAAAUGUCAAACAAGUUGUCUUUCAUGAAUCAAAUUGUCGACUUAAAUGUGGGAGAAGCUUUGCUGUUCGCCCCAGGCGCUAUUUUAGAGAGCAAAAUGGAAGGAGUCAACCCACAAGGGCUACGCAGGUUGGGUGCGGGUUAUAUGGUAGUCAAGAUUCGAGAAAGAUUGACUGAGGACGGUGGGCAAAGCGUUCUUGCUGCCUGA